AUGCAAGUUGGUGGGACUGAUUUGGACCAGUGUUCUUCGACGAUGGCCAUUGAUGAAGAAUCUCCCCUUGUUGAGGAAAACCCACAGCCCCUCAACCACAGAAGGGAUGUUCAUAUCCUCUGCUGGGCUUUUAUCCUUAUUUUCCUGGCUUAUGUAGUGGUGAGGAAGCUGGGAUCCAAGAAUGCUCUGGUUCUUGGUACUACUGGCUAUUGGCUAUUUACAGCAGCCAAUUUGAAGCCCUCUUGGUAUACCAUGGUGCCAUCCUCUUUAUAUAUGGGAUUUGCUGCUUCAAUAAUAUGGGUUGGUGAGGGUACAUAUCUCACAUCUGCUGCUCACAGCCAUGCAAAUGAUUACAACUUACAUGAAGGAACCGUAAUUGGGAAAUUUAAUGGAGAGUUUUGGGGAAUGUUUGCUCUCCACCAGUUUCUUGGCAACCUCAUCACUCUUGCUAUGGUACGAGAUGAAAAGGGAGGAGGUACUGGAGGCACGACUUUUCUUUACAUUGUGUUUCUAUUUAGCAUGACUUUAGGUAUAAUCCUUAUGUGCUUCUUGAGGAAAAGAAAUGGUAAAGAAGAAAGGCUGCAAGAUAAGUCCUCAGUUACAUCUGUGGGUUCUUUGUUAAAGUCUAUCUUGAAACUAUUGCUCGACAAACGGAUCCUUUUGAGUUCGCUAGCUUCCGGUCGGCUUACUUCCGGCCUCUCGUCAAUCACGAUAAUAGUCUCAGGCGGAGCUUUAAUCCAAAUCAUUGUACUGCUUUGGAUUCUGCUAAAGUAUAGUGUGAGUAGCGGACUACUCGGUACUUUGGUCCCACUUCUGAUUGGUGCAUUAUGGGGCAUUGGUGAUGGAAUUCUCAACACACAGCUGAGUGCAUUGCUAGGGAUUCUAUUUAAACAUGAUCUGGAAGGAGCAUUUGCACAGCUAAAGCUGUGGCAAAGUGUGUCGAUAGCUAUAAUCUUUUUCAUAAGUACGUCAAUAUCCUUGCAAACGAUGGUUGUGAUUAUGCUCGUGGCUCUUUGCAUAUCGGUUGUAGCGUUUCUUUUUCUUGCGCUCAAAGUGGAAAGGGCUUUUUCGAGCCGCGCUUCUUGAGCUUCACGUGGUCGCAUCUUUGUUCUUUCCUUCAUCUUUUAUUUAUUUAUUUAUUUUUAUUGAUUUAUUGGUUUUCUGCUCUGAGAACCUCCAAAUGUGUUUUUGUAUGCUCAUGUAAUGUCUGUUGCAUGUCAUUUGUACAUAAUAAAGGUGUUCAUAUUUGAUAGUCUUACAAUGUAGAAUCCCACAAAUUCAUUGUUGUAACUGUCUAUCAGACAUGUAUUAUACUUUAAAAUGUAUGACCUUUAAUAGUAAAAUAUGCG